AUGACAAUCGUCGCUCUUUCAGCUCUGCUCGCCUUGUUGCUGCACCCAAACGCCCGCGUCAAUGCCCAGGGCAACCUAGCAACGUUCCCAGCUACGCCUCUCGCCUCCAAGCAUUUUGCCUAUCCCACAGGCCUCCCCUACCAAGCCGACUCCGAACAACUCAUACGCGGAACGCAGACGGGGUACAGCAUCUGCAACUCAACAACGGGGAGCCAGAACUCGUUAUGCCAGACCUCGUUCCUCAACGCCCUCGAUGACUUCUGCUUAUGGGCCCCAAUAAACCCCAACUCGACUAUCCCGGACACCGAGGGCGAGGAAGUCGCGUGGUGCACGAAACCCGGGCGCGGCACGCGUCUCAUCCCUGCCGGCGCGCUCAAAGGCGUCCAGUUCAUGCCGGCUUUAUCGACCAGAGCCUCAUCAACAUCCAAACCGGCGAUUUCGGUGGCGAGCUCGACCCACACGGUGCUGAUCUGCGUGGCAAUCCGCUCGGCGGGCUGGUCUACUCCACUGCGUGGUCUGGGAAGAACGACACGUUCACGCAGGUCAUUGAAUGGCACAACUUCAUGGGCGGCGACGCCUUCUGCUUCAAAGUCUGCGACCCCUCGCGCCCCAACGCCGCCAACUUCUGCCAGCCGCGGUGACGGCAGCGGGUGUACAAAAGUUGGAAUAUCUGGUGUACAAACAAGGUCAACGGAAGCAUUACCAUUUUCAUCUGUCUCUAAGUUUGCCAUCCACACCAUUGCUUCAGCGUCGACGUUGAAGCCCCCAUCCAAACACGCGGAUCCGACCUUGGAUUUAUGUGCCCCCAUUCGUCCUCUGCAUCGAAAUACGUUCAGCAUCUUCGUUUUCUUCUCCGCUGCUCCCCGUGCGGCCGCUUCGACAUUUGAGGCGUAUUUCGAGGCGUGUUCCUCUCCUCCAGCAAGCAGCGUGUCUUCGCCCCUCACGGGUGUCUUCGCUACGAGACUUGAAACUGCUCCUUAUCUCAUGCCGCCGCUGUUUGCACGUCUAUGUUUAGGUAUUCGGGUCGUGGAGGAGGCUGGGGACCCGCGACGUGGCAGCUACAGGCAGACAAUUCCUGUGGUACAGGAGAUGCGCUCUCUAGUAAAGGCGCUGCCUAGGACACUACGUUUGUCACAAUCCACGAUGGAUAUGCACCCCACUCGCCCUCGUAUCGCUGUCUCAGCCACUCUCGUCGGACUACCCGCGCGCAACGAAACGAUAAACGGGAGAUCCGUUGUAAGGGACAGACGGUGCCGGAGAAUAGACACAUCACGAUGGAAUGGGGCAGAGACGGAAUGCGAACGAACGGGAUACGGGAUACGAGAUAUGAACAGGAGAGGCGUGUUGCUGCGCCAGCAUCAGCGCGACCGUGCGGGAAUGAGGCGGUGGGAGAGACGUCACCGAAGCAGCAAAAUUGCGAGACCCAUGAAUACGAAUAUCAGCCAGGACAUUGCCUCCCUGUCUCUACAGGACGCGACCCCACUGUCGCUUAUACAUGAACCCCUACAGCCAGGUCUUGCGGCCACCUUCAUAUCGGUUGCAAACUCUUUGGGUUUGGCCCGACUGCCGUGGUUUUCGCCACCGGACCUCCUUGAUAUAAGCCAUACUAAUGAUUGCCGUCGCAAGCUGCUGGAGAGGCAGCUUUUCCAAUGCCCCCGGGAAGUAGGGGCUUGGGUUACGGACCCAUACCGCGAAGACAAUAGAACGUCCUUGGUCUUGUGUUCCAUCUUGACCCAAACGCUUUUGGCUUUCAAGGAGGGAGACGCUGCGAUCGACAGAUACCCAUGCGACACUCUCCAUCUGGAAAACGGAUGCAUCAAGUUCUCUGGCGGUCUCACUGACACUAUAACUAAACUCUAUGAUUGGCCGUCCGCUGUGCUAGACAAGGCCCUCCGUGCAAUGGAAACCGAGCGAAAGAACCAGCAUAAGGGGUCUAUGGAGAGCAUACCUAAAGGCGACGACUCUGUUUCGAAUUUAUUCUCGAUCUUCAAUAAAUACAAGAAACGAGGCCUUUAUGCCAAAAUCCUUGCCAAUAUCGUCAUUGCUGCGAUGGGACUUCGAUAUUCGAUGGACGGAGUGGACCUUCCCGAGUACUGGGAUGAAACUGCCAAUAUUCCAGGCCUCAACCCCAACGAUAUACUGGAAUACAAGCCCCAGUACGGCACGUCUGGACCACGCAUCAUUUUACUACCGAUCCACCUCGCAGUCGCCCUAACCCCCCUUGUUCUUAUCAUGACGAAGGACUUGAUGGGAAAAAGUGUCUCGAGACAUUGGCCCCUGUUGAUGUGGAGGUCCCUGGGCUCUGCAAGGCCCCAGCAGCUUGCCGCAUACGAAGAUGUCAUAUGGAGGACCGUAUAUGCCAUCGCCACACGCCCGAGCGAAGUAGAGUCUUCCAUGAGGCAUAUGUUCGACCAACUCAAAGAAAUGGCGCACUUUGAGCCCACCAUCAAGGACAACGAUUUCGGCCUCUCUGACGACUCUACAACAUUCUUCGCCCAACUCACACCACUCAUCCACUCUUCCACGGCAUCGGUGGACAGUCUACUAUCGUCGAAACCUGGACCAUCCAAACCCCGUCCCACUGUCUCUCCUGGUGUCCACAAGGACCCAUCGUCGCAUGAUAGCAUUGCUGCCCAACGGCAAGACAAGCCACCGGAAGAUAUGAACGCCAAAGACAACAACGACCAAGCACCCGACGGCGACCAGGACGAAUGUGGAAGCAGGAGCCCGCCUCCAGGAGCUGAUACCCCAAUGCAAGUCGAUGGCCCUGCUGCCGGACCAUCAGGCGAUCAAGACAACGGCGGUGACAGCUCCGAUGGUGACGUCCAGAGGAAUGAUACCCUCGGUCCUCUACAGGACACCCACUCCAGCGACAACACAGACAAGGCACCGCGGCGCGUGAACUUACCUCCGGAUGUCGAACGUUCAAUGAUCUCCACUGGCGCGAUCUCCCUGCUACCAUACGCGUACCUGUCCAUCUGUAUGGGGCUGAUGUUGAGUGUUGUGAAAGACGCGCUGGCUCUUGCGAUGCCCGAAUAUCUUCUCGCCCCAUCUCACCAACCGCCACUUCCACCCACCACCUACGCCUCUACCUCCCAACGGUGCCAUAGCAGGAUGAGGGGGUGA